CUGACCAUGACCAAGCAUCGCCGAGGACUAUGAGGAUACGACUACAAUCCGGCAUUGGGACUUCAAGGUGGCAGCGAACACACCCCACUUUCACUCCCACAAUAGCCAGACCUUCACGGCGAGGCUUCGCUACAACAGCAAAAUGCUCUGGCCCGGCGAAAGGUGGCGAAAGCGAUGAGCUGCCCCGCAUGUACCGCUACGUUGUCGAUGUGCAUGGCCAGCUCUUCCUCUACGAUACGGUGCCCAAGAAUCUGACGAGCUGCUUCAAAGAUCCGCGCUUCCUCAACUUCUUCUUCGACCGUGUCAAGCAGUCAGGGGCGGCUCCAGAUGCAGCAAGCAAUGGCCAUCAGCAAUCGCCACCAUCAGAAUGGCACGAGGAUUCCACCUUUCUCUCCUCGCUCCCAUCCCCUCGACAGUCAAGCAUUCUGUCCUUAGCUCGUGAGCAGGGCUACGGGUGGAUAUCAGAAUGCCAAGGAGAGUGGAACUUUGUAAAUGUCGACGAUGAGCACGGGACGCCAGUUGUGUUUCGAGGGCUGGUUGCGCCCACACAAGAAAGUGAGAACGAUCAGGAUGGAGGGCAAGGUAGCUUGACGUGGGGAGGAGAUCGGACGAUGCCGUUUCAGGUCGACAAGCUCAAGGUGUGCUCUCAAUCAGGCUACCUCUACCACCCCUCGCCGUAUCCGGGUACUCCCUCAUGGCAGCGGCGUCUCGAGCGCUCCGACUCGCCACUAGCCUCUCCUUUCGGCCCCUACUCGCUCAUCAGCUCUGACGUCGUCGUCACGCAUUUCGCCUCUGAUCUCGAUGUAGACGAGAGCGGGGGUACGGUGCUCUGGCAAGGCAAGCGAUGGGAGGUUGGGAUGCUACGGGAGGGAGAUGUGGUGAGGUAACAGGACCCUUCUACUUCACUCUGCUUGGUCGACGACAAAGUGUAUCAUUCUAGCAUCCGCGUAGAGCGCUCAGGAGCGCCCUACAGGCUCCUGGUCCCUACUAUCUGCGCGCCUACUUUGUGUGGUGAAUCCUCAACUUCCUCGCAUCGUAUGAGUAGUUGCUGGCGUAGUUCUUUGGCCUGAUCCUGGCACUCUUGGGCUCCUGCACGAAGUAGUUCCAUCCUUGCUUCUCAACAAAGUGAAUCGCAUCCUCCUUGGUCUUG